GGGAGGGAGAGAGGGAAGGGGAGAGAGAGCAGGGAGGAGGGAGAGAAGGGAGAGAAAGAGGAGGAGGAGGUGGGGAAAGACCUGGCUGAAAUGACACGCACAUGCAUACACAUGCAUCCGGCAUCGGCAGCUGUGAGUGAGUCCAUGAGAGGCUGACAUUGACAUUCCCUCUGCAUCUCCUUGUCUUCUGGAGGCACAGAUGAGGGAAGGGUGAAAGGAGGCAAGAAGAGGCGGAGUGGAAUGGGAAGACACAGUCCUUGUCACGAAGGAGGCAUCUAUCUCGAUGGAUCAAGAGAAGUCGGGACCGGAGCCGAGCCGAGCCACAAAAAUAAGAAAUAUAUAGAUGUACAUAGCCUCUCCUCAAAGUUACUCAGCAAGAAUUCUGCUAAUUUCUGCUGUGAACAAAAGACAAACUUACAGGAAAGCAUCACAUCUCGUGUUCUGGCCUUUUUAUUUUAUUCAGAUCCUGAAGACAUUCUCAUUUCCUCUCAUAUAUCUGGGACAGCAUUUUAAAGAAAGGAACACCAUGUUUCCAUGCUGUCAAUUCUGUGGAAUUCUGUGGCUUUUCAGUAGUUCCAGAGUAAGGAAGACUCUCAUAAUCUGAACAAUGACUGCCAACCUUCUUUCCAGACAAAUGAAGUUGUGGACUCCUUUAUGGCUUGUGUCCAGCCAUAGUUCCUCCUGAACUUUCCAAGAAGGCCUCACAAAGACAUCUCUAAUUCAGUAGCACGCUUAUAAAGAGUAUAUUGACAACUUUAUCAGCAACGGAACAUGGAGAGCUCUUAAAACUUCAUACUUCAUUUAUGAAUGCUCAUUUCUAAGGACACUUCAGUAAUGACACCUUUAACAAUGCCUCUAACGUCCUUUUCAAUGGCACCUCUUCUCCUCAAAGAGAAAAUGCUGUCAGUUCUAUAGAACUACAAGUGGAUGUACCAGGAUAGCAACAUUUAUUGUACUCACUAUAUAUGUCUUGUGUGACAAUGAACGUCCAUGAGAGCCAUCAGCAUGUUAUGUCUCCAAUAGAUAACACAGGGUAAAAAAAUGAAAAUAAAAAAGAUUCUCUUAAUUCAAGCUCAAGAGAUCCAAGAUUCAACAAAUACUGGGUAAAAUGAGCAACUUUAUUUAAAUACGUUUCUUUUUGCCAUGAAUUUUUAAUUUCUCCAUAGACCAAGGCCAGGUCCAUCAAACAGCAUGUGUGCUGGUAGACGUCUCUAUUCUACUUGUCCUCCCACAGGGAAAAGAUAUUCAGGCAGCUAAUUAAGUACUAAAGGUCAUCAGCUUCUGGUCCAAUCAGAUCUAUUUUAUGGUACAUACCUCUACAAGUGCCUCAAGAUUAGGAGAAGUUAGGAUUCAAUAUCCCACCUUUCUUCCAGCCAGAUUGUAGCAGGCUUCAUGUGUACUUGCUCACAUUUGCUGGUUUCUGUCUCCAUCCAUUGUUCUUCCUUCUGGAUUGGCUUUUUCUCUACCAUGUAGCGUUUAUCUUGCCAAAAUGAGUGCAGACUGUGUCCAGCUGGGGGGAGAGCAGUUUACACCCCACUGCUACCCUGCCAUGAUACUGAACCCUUUCCUUGUAGCAGUGGUGGUGGUUUUUGCCAGUGCUGUCACUGGCUGUCCAGUCCUGUGCACAUGCCGCAGCCAGGUUGUGGAUUGCAGCGGGCUUCGGCUCUUUUCGGUGCCACCAGAUCUUCCGCUGGACACUCGGAACUUAAGCCUGGCUCACAACCGCCUCACAUCUAUCCCUGCUGGAUACCUUACAUGCUAUACCGAGCUGAGGGUGUUGGACUUGCGAAACAACUCCCUCGUUGAAUUACCUUUUGGGCUCUUUCUGACCUCCAAGCGCCUGUCCCAUCUGGACUUGAGCUACAACAACUUGACUCAAGUUGUGGCUAAUAUGUUUCAGGAGGCCUACAAUCUGGUGCAUAUUGACUUGAGCCACAAUCCAUGGCUGAGGAAGGUACACCCCCAGGCUUUCCAAGGCUUGGUCCAACUACGUGACCUUGAUCUCAGCUAUGCGGGGCUCUCUUUCCUCAGCCUUGAGGCCCUGGAAGGUCUCACAGGCCUGGUGACUCUUCAGAUUUCAGGCAAUCCCUGGGUGUGUGGUUGCACCAUGGAGCCACUGCUGAAGUGGUUGAGAAAUCGGAUCCAGCGGUGCAUGUCAGAUACACAGCUGGCAGAAUGCCGGGAGCCACCUGAAGUGGAAGGAGCCCCCUUGUUUUCCCUGACAGAGGAAAGCUUCAAGGCCUGCCACCUGACCUUGACACUGGAUGAUUAUCUCUUCAUUGCCUUUGUGGGCUUCGUGGUCUCCAUUGCUUCAGUUGCCACCAACUUCCUUCUAGGCAUCACAGCCAACUGCUGUCACCGUUGGAGCAAGGCAAACGAGGAUGAGGAGAUAUAGCCACGUGGCCUGAUCCUUCCAGCUCCUGCAUUGCUCACUGCCAGGGGGGAGCCAAGGGCUAUCGUGUUCAGGGAAAGCAGAGGGACUGGUAUUUUUCCUGCUCUGCCAUUUUCUUGAGACUUCCCCCUCACCAGCCCUUGUAUAGCAGCACCGGACCAGACCAGUCUUUCUUACUGGAGACAGGGGACAGGGCCAGCGAGAGCAGGGAGAUUGAAGUGUGCCUUGUACAAUCCUCUUUGCACUGGAAACGCCCAGUGAGCCAUGUCUAGAAAAGUGACAGGAAAACAUCAAUAAGACAUUUAGAUCAUUCUUCAUUCUUUGCUCCAGCAUGCACACGGGUGUGCAUGUACAUGUACACACAUUGUAUUCAUGUGUACCUUUUGCAUCCUUUUCAGUCCAAGCCUUGAGUUCACAGCUGUAGCAUUGAAAACAUUCAAAACUACAUGUGCAUUCAUGUCACAUUCAACUACUGGCUGAUGUCAUGGGGGGAAAAAUCAAAUGUUUUUUCUACUUAGGAGAUCUGAGGCUUUUUUUUAGCAUCCCAUCCCAUUAUGGCAUAGUUUUGAUAGCCAUUCUUCUUUAGGUUUGGAGAACUACAUUUUAACCAUUUUAACAAGUCCCAGGGGCCCAUGCUUUCCAUUUAUUUCUACAUGCAGUGCUUUCAUUUUUAUCUGGAUACCCAAGACAAUUUUCAAAACAAAAAUGAUGGCCAGAUACAUCCACAGUUAAAAGCUAUUAUUCAUCCCCAUUGCUACAAUUUGCACAAAUGUUUGCUGGGUCUGAAAGUGACCUUUUGUUAGCCAGAUGUUGAUUUAGGUCAAAGUGUUUCUGGUUUGGGGUGGAAAUCCUAUAUAUAAAUUGCACAUGGAGAAUAAUUGUGCUAUAGCAAGGGAAAUCUUAAACUGAGGACUCAUAAUCUCCACAAAGUCAUUCAAAAAGAAAGACACAGUGUGAGAUUUAACAAAGUUGGGUUGGCAAGUACAAUACUUAGGUUAAACUAGGAGCAACUGUAGAUUAGUAUAUAUAAGAUUAACAAACUUGAAUUGGGUGUGUACAUUCAAGGAUUGGCCACAGAUUAGAAAAAAGGGGGGAAAGUGGGGGGAAUCAUCUUAUUGUUUCCAUUUACUUUAAAGACGGAGUCCAUCAAAUGACUGCUUCUGGUAGUUGACUAUGGGAUUUGGUCUUCAAAGUGUAUGGAAAGAGGAGGAUUAUGAAGGUGGAGAGGAAUCGACUCCACUGAUCGCCUGCCCUUAGAAAUAGCUAAAAUUGGGUAUUUGAAGGUGGAGUGGGAACUGUUGUAUUUUAAGGCAGGAUGGAACUGUUGGAUUUUAGAGUGGGAUUGGAUCUGUUGUUAAAUUAUUAUUUUUCUUUGGAAAUGGAAAGCCACUGAACACCACACCUUGGACCUCUUCAGAUGUGCUGCCAGAAUCAUUGCAGAUUGUGGUGAUCCUUGCAGUACACGUCCAGAGACCUUAUCACAUGGAAGGAAGUGUCACUAGUUGGCUUGCCUCGUUGAGGGCAAUGCAACCAGGGAAAGCAUCCCGCGUGGCCACUGCCAGCUUUUUUUGGAAGCAACUCUAAUUCCGCAGCAGUUUUGCCACAGAGCCACCCUGGAAGUACUUCUCCAGUGCGUGAUGAGAGCUGGCAGACUCUGUGGCAAAGCUGCUGAGGAACCAGUGUUGCUGCUGAAAUUUGCCCCGUGUGAAGAGGUCCUUGGAAGAUGAUUUCCCCCAGUUCCCCCUCUCCUUGUGGGAUGAGGUGUAAUGAAGAAAACAUGACUGCUGCAAUGAAACAAUUUACCUGGGAAAUAUUCUUAAGAGAAUAAAAUUAUAAAUGGUUAAAUACCCUAAUCUUGGGAUUCUGAAUUCUUCGCAGUAUCCGCAGCUUUGAUUUUCUUCAGUCCUUUUUUGGAAAGAUGUAUACACAUUAGGAGAUUUUAACAGUUUUAUAUCCAUUUAACUGUCACACUUUCCCCAAAAGAUCUUAAAGACUUCAAUUUGGCCCAAAGAUGCCAAGCAUUCACUGGAAGAAAUAAAGAAAAAACAUAGGAUCUCAUCAUACUAGCUGCCGGAAUCACCAUGGAUGAUGGCAAAUCUGACGGUGCUCAUCAGGGGUGUGAGGAACCUCUUGCCUCACAUCUUGCAUCUCCUGACUUACCCCAUCCACUGCCCGGCUUCCUCCCUUGCUGCCACCAUGGCGGCAUACGCCGUUCCACUGUAGUUUCACCUUGGAGCCCACUGGAAGUAGCUGUUUGGUAUGGAUGGGAGUUGGCGGGCUCCGUGGCUAAAUUACAGCAGAACUGGUUUAUGCCACCGAAAACACCCCGUCUAAUGAGGUCAUAAGCCUGUAAUGUAGGUGAUAGAUACUUUGUGCACUUGUAGCAACUUGGGCCUGGAUUUGGGGCUCUUUAUGCUUUGCUCAAAGCUCUGGCAGCAGGUGGUGCUACAAGUCAGGCUUGAAAGCAUGAUGUAAGAUUGGAAGGAAAUAUGAAACCAAGCUUGGGGAAUGGCUUCCCUUGAUCAUAAAACAAUGAAGUUAAGAAAGUCCACAGUGAAAGGAAGAGAGAGUGACUCUGGCAGUUUACUAUCCCAAUGCAUUUUAUAUUCCUCCAAAUGAUUAAGCUAUGCCUAUCCCAAUGCAUAUACAAAUUAUACAUUUGUUUAUUUAAGGCAAUGUAUUUUUGAGGAUCAUGAAGGAUGCCAAAGCCAAGGGAAGCAACAGAAUCUCAAGUGUUUCUUCUUCAAGUAUCCCAUACAGUCAUCAUUCUACAAAUCCAACUCCUCAAAAGAGAUAAACUGAUGGAUGCAACAACAUCCAUUGAUGAUACAUCUACAGACCAACCCUGCAAAUAGUGCUCAUAGUAGUGAAGCUGGACCAGAUUUGAGGAUUUAGAUGCCAAACUAAGACCAACCAUAGCCAAUGUCCCCAGCAGGGGGGACCACCUUAUAAAGCCUAUAACCAUCUCCUAGA